UUUUUUAUAAUAGUUGCUUCUUCGUCGUCUUCAUCCUCGUCCUCACCCUCACCAGUGUCCUCUGAUCGAUCAUGAUCCGCGCAUCUUUUAUCAAAUAUGUGCAGGAAAAAAUUUACUAUGCAUCCAACCCUGGGGAGCCAUAAGUCACCAUGGUCUAGGAGGAGGAGAAAACACGCCCUACUCGCUAAACAAUGGAAGAGUUUAUUUGAUGCAGAGGGAAAACUCUCUGAUGGGGGAAUCAGGUUGCUGAAGAAAGCUCGAAGUGGAGGUGUUGAACCAAGUAUACGGGCAGAGGUUUGGCCUUUCCUUCUUGGACUCUAUGAUUUGAAAAGUACACAAAAUGAAAGAGAUGCUAUUGGAGCUCAAAAAAGAAGAGAAUACUUAGACUUGCGGAGACAGUGUCAACAAAAUUUAAAAUGCAGUGAUAGAAAUUUCAAGUCGGAGAUUUACGGAAAUAACAUUAAUGAGUCUGGUGAAUUUAAUCGAGGUCCAGAUUCUCCUGUGUUGGAAGAAGUUGCUAGUGCCAGAGCUUCUCUUUCUGUGGAGGGAGUGAGCCUUGAAGGGAAGAUACCCACAAUAUCUGGACAUAUUCUACACCUUAAAACAUCCAGUACAUUAUUGGAGGAAAAAGAUGGGUGUGGAAUUAUUGAUGAAAAUAUUUCUGAAGAAGAAACUGAGUCUUCUGAUUCCGACUCCUCGGAAGAAUCUGACGAUAUGAAACCUCUCCUUGGCUCAACAGAAUUAGAAGAUAAUGAAAUUAUUGAGUCCACUUCCUACAAGAUGGAAACUAGAUCGACAUCUUAUAUGGCUGAAGAUUUUGCCUCUUGGCAGCGGAUCAUGCGUGUUGAUGCAGUGCGUGCUAAUUCUGAAUGGAUUGUUUACUCACCAUCUGAAGCUUCGGUAUCAGAGGUUAAGGCAUGUCGAUUAGCUGAGAGCGUCGGAUUGAAGGAUUAUGAUCAUCUGGAGCCAUGCAUGAUAUAUCAUGCUGCUCGUCUUAUUGCUAUACUUGAAGCCUAUGCAUUAUACGAUCCUGAGACUGGUUAUUGCCAGGGGAUGAGCGAUUUACUCUCUCCAAUUAUCUCAGUUAUAUCAGACGACCAUGUAGCGUUCUGGUGCUUCGUGGGUUUCAUGAGGAAAGCUCGACAUAACUUUCGUCUUGAUGAAAUGGGAAUCAGAAGGCAGUUGAAAAUCGUUUCUAAGAUUAUCAAGGGUAAGGAUUCACAUCUCUACAAACACUUGGAGAAGCUUCAGGCGGAAGAUUGUUUCUUCGUGUACAGAAUGGUGGUUGUUUUGUUCAGACGGGAGUUAACCUUCGAGCAGACCCUUUGCCUCUGGGAGGUUAUGUGGGCAGAUCAAGCAGCUAUUCGAGCUGGAAUUGGCAGAUCAACUUGGGGAAGAAUGAGGCUUAGAGCACCACCUACGGAUGAUCUAUUACUGUACGCAAUAGCAGCCUCCGUAUUGCAGAAGAGGAAAUUGAUCGUAGAAAAGUAUAGCAGCAUGGAUGAAAUCAUGCGAGAGUGCAAUGGCAUGACUGGACACCUCGACGUGUGGAAACUUUUAGACGACGCCCACGAUUUGGUCGUGACCCUCCAUGAUAAGAUUUAGGAGAAAACGUCUAGUCUGAAUUUGUUCGUUUGAUGUCCUUCGAUUUUUCUUUCAAUUUUUCCCUUUUACUUAUUCGUAUGUUGUUACAUCGUUUAGGACGCGGUCAAAACCGAGGGAUCCUGAGUUUACCUCACUCUUCAGAACUAAGACUUGAUGGGCGAGUUCUGUAUUGAGUAAUUUGUGGGACUUAUAUUGUAUUGCCGGUGCUCAAUAUUCUUGAAUGAAGUGGCAACCUACUAAAUUAGUUAU